AUGAUCUCAAUCCGGAGAAUUCUGUCCGAGAAAUUGAUGUCGUUGAACGCGAAAGCAAAGUCCGGAUGGCUCCGGCGACACGGCGUCCGGCAGCGCGAGGGGCUCCAUCAAAAACUGGGAAUGAGACCACCAUUCUUGAAAAAUUUGUACCGAAUUUUCUCAAAAUUUUCGUCUAAUGCACAAUGGGCCGUUAAGUCUUCAGCAGGUUCGCUUGAUUUUGACCUAGAAUUUCAUCACGAUGGGAUCACGGUGACUUUUGGUGAUAUCUCUGAGAUCUGUAACAUACUCUUUAAACAACUUGAGGAAAGAUUUGAAAGAUUAUUCUCAAAUUUGAGUGUCAAUUAUGCUGACGAGGAUUGUGGUCCGUAUAGCUUGAAUUCAAGUUUAUUUGUAGCUGUGGAAGUGGUGAGUUUGCUAUUCAGAUGCUGCUUGAUGCUCUUGACUCUGUUGGCAGCCAAACAAAACCUUGUCUUGGAUAAAGGGCUUGUUCUUUUGAAGAUAGUUAGAAACUUGAGUUCGCUCGAUUUAGCAGAGAACACGGUUGGAAGUGCUUUUGUGUUUGAGAAGUCGUUUUUUCGUAAAUGUGAACCUGGUGAAAAUGGUUUCUCUACAACCUCAGUUGAGGGAUUCACAGCUUCGUUACAACUUUUGAGGCCUACUAAUCCUCUCCUCUAUUUUAUAUCUGUUAUGCUUGAGGUGUUUGUAGAUGAGCUAUUGACGCAUAAGCAAUUAAGAGGGCACUUUCAAAUAAUUAAUUCUUUUGCUUCUACCAAUGAAACACUAUUCAGUCGCCACUCGGGCCAAGAUGAUUUAUGGAUUGUGAUUGCAGUGCUAUGCAAUCAUUUUAUCCUCUCAUUUUCCGAUAAGCAGGCUUCUCAAGAUUGUCUUGUUCGAUUGUUCUCUACACAUUCAACGGAACACAAAAAUCCUUUCCAGAAUCCAGCAUUAAGCCUUACUGCAUCUUCAUUGUUAAUUCUCAGUCCUAUUAUGCUCUCUAUGCCAAAAUAUAUGCAGGCUCAUUUGAUGUCACUGGUUUCCAAUGCUAUUUAUACAAAGAGUUCAAGACCAGAUCGUAUUGUCACAAACUGUUUCCUCUCGAUCUUUGAAAAGUCGAUCGAUUUGUACCUGACGCACAUAUCUUGUUUGGAAAAAAAUGGCUGCCCUAGUUUUCCCAGGGGCUUGAAACCAAGUUUUUCGUAUGGCGUUGACUAUCGGCCAUUUGAAUUUUACAUAUUGCCAGAGACGAAAAAAAAGAUUGAUGCCCUGAUCACAAAGUUAGACAAUACACUAAACGUGAACUCGGACGAUCUUUCUUUUGGAAUGAAAUCUGACCUGGUGAGUUCCUCCCUGAAAUUCGUGAAGGAGUGUCUGAAUGUAUACGCCAUACCGUCCCAGGAUGAGAUUUUAUCCAUUUUAACCUGUUUGGUUCUUAAAGCUUCUGAGAGCUGUGAUUAUAGAGAAGUACAACCGAUCGAGGGUACAACUAUGCAACAUUUGUAUCUUCUUGCUUCUAUAUUGAAAUUAAUGGGGAUAUCUUUGUUACAAGCUAUUUCGUGUCUUCAGCAUAACAGCAAUAAUUCAUGUGGACCGAGAACUUUGAGAGAUUUUGCUUCAUGCAAAGAGUAUGAUUUUGUUUUGGACACCAUUGCCUGUUUUGGUGAUUUAAACAUGAAUUCACCGAUGCAGCAAGGUUUAAUGGAUAUGAUGGCAAGCCAAUCUACGAGACAUUUGCAGUCAAAAAUGAUGUUUUUGCAUUUUGUGGGGUUGAUGUCUUUAAGCUUUGCACGAGGGCUGGAUUGCUGGGUGAAGGCGUGUUUGUUGGUAAUUCUUGCACUGUUGAAUUUGUUUGCGUUCGAAGAGGGUGGCUUAGAUGAAUUUCAAUCAAUAAUUGAUUCCAACGAGAAACAUUUUUCUUCCGAACUAUCAUUUCUCCGAUUGCAGGAGGCUGUGGCUGGACAAAGCUCGAGCCUUGUGGUUGCAUCAAAGUUUCAAAAAGUCCGUUCUCUUUUUUCAAGAUUCUUCUGCAGAGUGAUCCAAAACAAAGUUAGAGAAAAUGAAGCCCAAAGUUUGCGGACACUAGCAAGUGCAGCUUCGGACAUGGGAGCUGACACAGGCUUAGAAGAAGAAGAAGAAGAAGAAGAAGAAGAAGAAACAGAGGAGACGAGCAAUGGGGAGAUUUUCUUGGAGUGCAUGUUGAAGAUGGGUAAUAAUAUCUCAGAUAUCGAUGAUUUGGUUGACUUUGUUGAGUGUAAACAAGGAAAAGAUUACCCAUCUUGGUUAAAGAAUCGGCAAAGUAAGACUUGUGCAUAUGAUGCAUGCUCGUUAGACGAGGAUGUUGCAUUCCAUCAACAUCAGCAUGUGGACGCAAAUGCAUCUAUGCAGCUCCCAACAUCUAAUUGGGAGCGAGAGGUUUUAGAGCUGUUCUCAUCUAACCUCCGCCGGCGACAACCACCUUUGCCGCGACUUUUCCUUUGUUCGGAGACGAAGAUGGCGGCGAAGGCAGUAAAUGUUGGGCAAAUAAAUCCUGUAGAAGCUUUUGAACAGGGAGCUUCUGAAGAAGAUAAGAUGAAAGUGAGGAAAUAUCUUAGAGGCAAAGCUACAGAUUUAGGGAGGUUGCAAGAUAAGAAAUUGAGAGGUCAGCUAGCUGUGAAGGAAGCAUUAUAUGGAAAAUCUGCACUGACGGCUGCUAAGGCUGAGAAGUGGCUUAUGCCAAGUGAAGGAGGCUAUUUGGAAGCUGAGGGUAUAGAGAAAACAUGGAGGAUUAAACAGGAGGCUAUUGGUUCUGAAGUGGAUAUUUUGAGUAGGAGAAAACAGUUUGAUAUUAUCUUGCCAGAUCUCGGUCCGUACACUCUGGAUUUCUCCUUGAGUGGACGAUAUAUGGUAGCAGGUGGAAGAAAAGGUCAUUUGGCUCUUCUAGACAUGAAAAAUAUGGACCUCAUUAAAGAGUUUCAGGUUAGGGAAACAGUUCGUGAUGUGGUGUUUUUGCAUGACCAGAAGCUUUUCGCUGCUGCUCAAAAGAAGUAUGUGUAUAUGUAUAACGAGAGUGGCGUUGAGAUGCACUGCAUGAAGGAACACGGCCCCGCAUUACACCUCCAAUUUCUCCACAAACACUUCCUCCUAACCUCCAUAAACAAGUUCGGCCACCUCCAUUUUCAGGACAUCACAACGGGCCAAAUGGUCGGUAACUUCAAAACGGGCCUGGGCCGCCCGGGCGCCAUGCGUGCCAACCCAUUCAACAACGUGACAGCUGUCGCCCACUCUCGCGGCACUGUCACCAUGUGGAAGCCCACGAGCGCCGCCCCUCUCAUCAAGAUGCUCUGCCACCCUGGCCCCAUCACAGCCCUCGCUUUCCACCCCAGCGGCCACCUCAUGGCGACAGCUGGCAUGGACCGCAAGAUAAAGCUCUGGGACCUCCGAAAAUACGAGACCCUCCAAACGGUCAGUGGCCACGCGAGCUCCUUGGACUUCAGCCAGAAGGGCCUGCUGGCCUCGUCCUCCGGAUCUUUUGUCCAGAUACUCGGCAAUUUCUCUGGUGGGCCCAACGAGUACACACGCUACAUGGGCCACUCGAUGGCGAAAGGUUACCAAAUCGGGAAAGUUUCGUUCAGGCCUUACGAGGAUGUUUUGGCGAUCGGGCACUCGAUGGGUUGGUCGUCGAUAUUGGUGCCUGGGUCUGGCGAACCCAACUUCGACACGUGGGUCGCGAAUCCGUUCGAGACUCGGAAGCAGAGGAGAGAGAAGGAGGUUCGAGCCCUGCUCGACAAGCUGCCGCCCGAGACAAUCAUGCUCGACCCGUCGAGAAUCGGGUCUGUUAGAGAGAGGAGGAGAGAGAAAGUGAGCAGAGAGGAGAGAGAGGCGGAGAGGGAAGCGGCCGUGGAGGAAGCUAAGAGGGUUCGUAUCAAGAAGAAGACGAAAGGGAGGAGCAAGCCUAGCAAGGUGGCGAAGAAGAAAAAGGAGGCCGUGGUCAAGGCCAAGAAGGGUUUUGUGGAGGAUGAGGUGUCGAAGGAGAAGGAGAAGAAGAAGAGGAAGAGAGAUGAUAACGAGCAUGGAGAAAAUCAAUUGCUGCCCAAGUCCCUACAGCGUUUUGCUAAGAAGGUACCGUCCGUUUAAUACUGCAAUUUCUUUCCCUUUUUUGUACUUUUUCCGUUUUGUUUUCCUUGAAGAGAAUGUAGUCCGGUAAUUUACGUAGUGGAAUUAACGCUUGAUUUUGAUUUCGAAGUCGUGAAAAGUUGUGGACUAUAUAAGAUUUUAUUGCAACUUAGGUGAUGUGUAUCUUUACUUGGUGUUUAGUUUUAGAUUGUGUAGGGGAGACACUGCCUUGUCUGAAUAGAGUGGUGAUAUCUACAGAGAAUGUUUGGUUCAAUACAGCAAUGUUCUUUCGGAAUGGUGAUUUGUGGCUCUAAUGUAGGAAUUAAUUGUAUAUAUGAAUGGGCCUUUUUAGUUUUUACA